AUGAACAGUCAAUAUUUUCGCUAUGAAGUCCUUGCCUGUGAGACUGGUGAGCUGAAAAUCUUCUGGGAAAAGACCAUUGAGAAGCAAACGCAGCAUUCCAAAGCAGAGAAAGACCGUCUGCAGAGAAGUGCAUUAACCAAACUCAGAAAUGAAUGGACAGCAAUGCUGGAAAAAAGACUAAAAAUGCUCAAAGAACAUGAUGGGAAAAAAGAAGUCCCUCAAUGA